AUGCCUGGGGUCAUGACGAUGGUCAAAUCUCGCACUGCGCCUACCGAAGAGGCCAUUUCAUUCCCGGUUUUGACAUACAGCGAUGCCGCGCCACGAUCCGAUCUUUGCGAUAUCAACGAAAGAGCCAAGCUUCAAGAGAAUCAACAAAGUCUCGCCCAGUUCGAAUUCCCUCGGCCCAGUUCUGGAGAUGGACGAUCAAGAAGAAAGCCGCCCCCGGGUACCGUUGCGACCUUUGAUUUUAGAGUAACAGCGCCUCCGGAUGAAGUGGUUCCUUCGCACGCCAUGUGGGACCGCAGUCCUAUCGGAGUUGGCAUUGCACUGGGUAGUCCAGGCAUGUUUGAUUCGAAGGAUAAUCUACCCCCGCCGCGUUUCAAUACGUCGGUCUUUACGGAUCAGCAAAAGGAACAGCCGCUGCAGUCACAGUCACUCCGGAAGGCAAGCAAAUGGAAGAAGAUUGGAGGUUUAUUCAGGGCCAAAAGUGCACUUGCAUCUCCGACACGACCAAGACCACCUCCAAUAGCAUUGCCCAACCAUGCCGCCGCGAUGGAUAAACAGACAACCCAGAAAGCCGGGACUGAGGAAUGGCCGCGCAUCGAGUCAGAUCCCAAGUAUUCAACGACUAAAACUACUUCUACGCCAUCGCGCAGCCGCAAAUUUUCUUUAUCCAAUAAAAAGUCUCCAAAGGAAAGCAAUGGAGAUCUCGGACCUCGAUUGGAGAUUGAUAUUCCCGACGUCCAAAUGGAAAGGUACAGUGUGAUGUUCAGCAAUGUGAUGAAUAAGAAUCAGAGACCCUCUCUGCUGGCCAGGAGGAGCAAAACACUUGACAGCGUCCAAGUUCCGCACAACUCGGAUUUCCUCGCUGCCAAAGUACCACCGGUUCCCCAACGCCGAGCAACUUCACCAGCACGUUCGAGCUUUACACUUUUUCCCACUUCACAACCGUCAAAGGCCGCUCAAAUCCUCGGAACUCAGAAUUUCUCCCGUGGCCCGAGCCCUUUGCUUCGAUCGAAUACACUCCCUGUAGAGAGUCCAUCUCAAGCAUCGCCGAUGGAACCCCCUCGAGCAAUCCAUAAUAAUAAUAGCGUCUCGUCGUUCGAAUCGUUGCCCAUCGCCAAUGUCUUUCAACGUUCACAUACCCCGCGCUCAUCCACAGCAUCUUCUCGCUAUGACGACAAACCAUUGCCUGCUAUCAAGCCCGAGCCGGAGACCGAGCCUUCAUCCGAAGAGACAACAGCCAUCGAAGCCUCAAUCCCGAUCUCAAUCCCCAGCACCGGUCCCGGCACCAAGAGCUCAACAGAUCCCAAGACAAAGGUCUUCGCCGCUCAAAAAUGA